GACGUACGCUCUUGACAUUUCGAUAAGAUUAGCCUCUUGCCCCUUCACAGGUUCUCUUCUUUCUCCUUGGUCGCCAUGGAAGCCACACUCCUUACCUUUCCAACCUCCAAAGCCCCAUCUUCUCAAAUCCUGACCCGGCCCGCCAACCCAUUUCUAUCGUCCAAACCCAGACUGUCCUACAAAUCUCGCCGUCAUUUGCCUUCAAUCAAUGCCGCAAUUUCUCGCACCAAGAAAGAAGAAACCGUGGAAACAGUGAAAAAGCAGCUCGAGAACUGCUAUCUCCUCGCGGCAAUCAAUUACAAAGGGUUCACAGUGAAGCAAUUCCAAGAGCUUCGCAGAAGCCUUCCCGAGACUUCGACAUUGGUUGUGGCGAAGAACACUUUGGUUUACAAGGCCGUUGAGGGUACCGAGUGGGAAUCGUUGAAGCCGUGUAUGAAGGGUAUGAAUGUUUGGCUUUUUGUUCACACUGAGGAAGUUCCUGCCGCGAUUAAACCCUACAGGGAUUUCCAGAAGGAGAAGAAGCUUGAAGAUAAUGAUUUCACUGGAGCUGUGUUCGAAGGGAAGUUUUAUGCUCCCGAUGAGUUAAAAAAAUUGGAAUCUUUGCCCUCGCGUGCUGAGAUUUAUGCCAAAUUGUUGGGUUCUUUGCAAAGUCCCGCGUCGGCUUUGGUGGGCACAUUGCAAGCGCCGGCUAGAGAAAUUGUAAUGGUUUUGAAAGCUUACGUGAAGAAGCUGGAAGAAGAAGGUGGUGCGCAAUAAUGGAAAUUCGUGUAAUUGUAAGUGUAAUUUCGAUACCCUAUUGUUCAUUUGUGUUUCCAAGUUAUAUUAUGUAGAUUGAUGUGUUUUGCUUAUCUCGGAAAUUGUAGAAUUGAGGGAUACAAGAAGAGAGGGAGAGAAACCAGGGAAUGAGGAAUGUAUAAUUGUUGAAAGUUCAGGUUUCGAUGAGGGACUCUGUAAAACUUAUUGCCAGUCAGUUUUCAUUUUAAUCAUGCGAUUCAACAAGUUGGUAAUUUUCUUUAUAAUAAACUUUGUUUUCCUAUUAACAAAAGUUCAUUCUGUAAUUGACUGGAAAUGAUUUUACCGACUCGAUAACUGAGUGUCGUUUCAUAA